CGCGGCAGCAGAGGCCGGUGCGCAGCCAGCGCGCAGAGGUGACGGCGGCGCCUUUAAAUAGCAUCCGGAGCAGGCGCGGGGCAGCCCGUGGUCUGCGGUGACAGCCGGCGGCGCAGCGCCGGGCCAGCGAGGAGAAGCCAGCGUAGGGCAGCACCGCGACGAUGCAGGCCCACGAGCUGUUCCGCUACUUCCGGAUGCCGGAGCUGGCCGACGUGCGGCAGUACGUGCGCACGCUGCCCACCAACACGCUCAUGGGCUUCGGCGCCUUCGCCGCGCUCACCACCUUCUGGUACGCCACGCGGCCCCGCGCCCUGAAGCCGCCCUGCGACCUCUCCAUGCAGUCGGUGGAGGUGGCGGGCAGUGAUGGCGCGCGGAGGUCCACGCUCCUGGAGGGUGACGAGCCCCUGGCCUUCUUCUAUGACGACGUCAGAACGUUGUACGAGGGUUUCCAGAGGGGCAUCCACGUGUCGAAUAACGGCCCUUGCUUGGGCUCUCGGAAGCCAGACCAGCCCUAUGAGUGGCUUUCCUACAAGCAGGUGGCGGAAAUGUCGGAGUGCGUGGGCUCGGCGCUGAUCCAGAAGGGCUUCAAGGCCGCCCCCGACCAGUACAUCGGCAUCUUUGCCCAGAACAGACCUGAGUGGGUGAUCAUUGAGCAGGGAUGCUUUGCUUUCUCCAUGGUGGUCGUUCCCCUCUAUGACACCCUGGGAACCGAAGCAAUCACUUACAUAGUCAACAAAGCUGAACUCGCCCUGGUUUUUGUGGACAAACCAGAGAAGGCCAACCUGCUACUGGACGGUGUAGAAAACAAGUUGACCCCCUGCCUUAAAAUCGUGGUCCUCAUGGACUCCUACGGCAGCGAUCUGUUGGAGCGCGGCAAGAAGUGCGGGGUGGAGAUCAUCAGCAUGAAGGCCAUGGAGGACCUGGGAAGGGCCAACAGGAAGAAGCCCAAGCCUCCAAAACCUGAGGAUCUUGCAGUCAUUUGUUUCACAAGUGGAACCACGGGCAACCCCAAAGGAGCAAUGAUCACUCAUCGAAACAUAGUGAGCGACUCCUCGGCGUUUGUGAAAGUGACCGAGAACUUUGUCAAUCCCACUCCAGAUGAUACUCUCAUCUCUUUCUUGCCUCUUGCCCAUAUGUUUGAAAGAGUUGUCGAGAAGACACUUGGCCUGAAUGCCAGUGACACACACAUUUCGUUCUUACCACUUGCACACAUGUAUGAGCAGCUCAUGCAGUGUGUGAUGCUGUGCCACGGGGCGAAGAUAGGAUUUUUCCAAGGAGAUAUCAGGCUGCUUAUGGAUGACCUCAAAGUUCUUCAACCCACCAUCUUCCCCGUGGUCCCACGGCUGCUGAACCGGAUGUUCGACAGAAUCUUCGGGCAGGCGAACACCACGCUGAAGCGCUGGCUCCUGGACUUCGCCUCCAAGAGGAAAGAAGCGGAGCUGCGCAGCGGCAUCAUCAGAAACAACAGCCUGUGGGACAAGCUGAUCUUCCGCAAAAUACAGUCGAACCUGGGAGGGAAGGUCCGGCUGAUGAUCACGGGGGCCGCGCCCGUGUCUGCGACGGUGCUGACGUUCCUGCGAGCCGCGCUCGGCUGUCAGUUCUACGAAGGCUACGGGCAGACAGAGUGCACGGCCGGCUGCUCCCUGACCAUCCCGGGAGACUGGACGGCAGGCCACGUCGGCGCCCCCAUGCCUUGCAACCUGAUAAAGCUCGUGGACGUGGAGGAGAUGAACUACCUGGCUGCCAAGGGCGAGGGCGAGGUGUGUGUGAAGGGGCCAAACGUCUUCCAAGGCUACCUGAAGGACCCGGCGAAGACGGCGGAAGCGCUGGACAAAGACGGCUGGCUGCACACGGGGGACAUCGGGAAGUGGCUGCCGAACGGGGCCCUGAAGAUCAUCGACAGGAAGAAGCACAUAUUCAAGCUGGCGCAGGGGGAGUACAUCGCGCCCGAGAAGAUCGAGAACAUCUACCUGCGCAGCGAGCCGGUGGCCCAGGUGUUCGUGCACGGGGAGAGCCUGCAGGCCUUCCUCGUGGCCAUCGUGGUCCCCGACGCGGAGACGCUGGGCCGCUGGGCGGGGAAGCGGGGCCUGUCUGGGUCCUUCGAGGAGCUGUGCCGCAGCAAGGAGGUCAAGAAGGCCAUCCUGGAGGACCUGGUGCGGCUGGGGAAGGAGUCCGGCCUGAAAACAUUCGAGCAGGUCAAAGGCAUCACGCUGCACCCCGAACUGUUCUCCAUCGAGAACGGCCUCCUGACCCCCACGAUGAAGGCGAAGCGGCCGGAGCUCCGGAACUACUUCCGGUCGCAGAUAGACGAACUCUAUUCCACCAUCAAGGCUUAGGAGGAGGAGCGCCGGGCAGAAGCCACACCUCCGUCCUCUCCGGUGGCCUUCACGGGCGAUCUGACUGCCGAGCGUAGGGGGGCCGUGUGACGUGUGC